CGACCCGUCAACAGGAGCAUUUGCUCUCGAGAAUAUUCUCUCUAAUCGAUUCUACCGCGGAAUGUCUCUUCGAUAGGCGUUGAAUUCGUUCACCAAAGCCAGCCACGUGCUGCUCGAUCCGAGGGGGAAUGUCCUCCGCUGACGCCGCUCACAUGGAGCACGCUCCAGUGUCCGAUCUUGCGCGAAACGCCAAAGACCAGGGCCAUGGCUCCGCUGAGGGCUUCAACAAGGCGCGGAAGCAGUCUCCUCCCGUGUGCCCUACAGACGACGAGGCGGUGACCCCCAAGCGCAAGACGCAGACUCUGGACUAUGUCUGGAGAUCUGGAGUUGCGGGCGGCUUUGCCGGAUCUGCUGCCAAAACCGUCGUCGCGCCUCUUGAUCGAGUCAAAAUUCUGUUUCAGGCCAGCAAUCCCUUGUUCGCCAAAUAUACCGGUUCUUGGUUUGGCGUCGCAAAGGCCAUGAAGGAUAUCUACCACUAUGAGGGCGCCAUGGGCCUCUACCGUGGACACUCUGCGACUCUCCUACGAAUCUUUCCCUACGCUGGUAUCAAAUUCCUCGCAUAUGAACAAAUCCGGACCAUCAUUAUACCCCGAAAAUCACACGAGACACCGAUGAGAAGACUACUCAGUGGAAGUCUGGCGGGUGUGACGUCCGUCUUCUUCACGUAUCCCCUAGAGGUCGUCCGAGUACGACUAGCCUUCGAGACCAAGCGCGAGGGCCGCUCUUCUCUCACUUCGAUAUGCCGUCAGAUCUACAAUGAACAACCCGUGCAAAAAUCUACGACCGCCAGGCUACCCAACGCCCCUGCACCUGUAUCAGCCACUGCGGAGGCGGCUGCAGCGACAGUGCAGUCCAUUGCACCUCGGGCAGGACUAGUCAACUUCUAUAGAGGAUUUACCCCUACUGUGCUAGGCAUGAUCCCGUACGCUGGUAUGUCCUUUUUGACACACGACACCGUGGGAGAUAUCAUGCGCUCUCCGGCCUUUGCGCAGUACACGACGCUACCAAAGAAGGCGAACCACCCCCCGGGAAAGCCAGCUCCUCUGCGGUCAUGGGCAGAGCUCUGCUCUGGAGGUAUCGCGGGCCUAAUCUCACAAACUUCAUCCUACCCGCUCGAGGUGAUCAGGCGACGGAUGCAAGUUGGCGGAGCCGUUGGUGACGGUAGACGGCUACGGAUCGGCGAGACGGCCGCCAUGAUCUUCCGGGAGAGAGGCAUCCCCGGCUUCUUUGUUGGUCUGACCAUCGGAUACGUCAAGGUCAUCCCUAUGGUGGCCAUUAGUUUCUACACGUACGAACGCAUGAAGCUCGUGUUGGGUAUAUAAGUGGUUUGGGCAAAGGGAGGUUAUCCCGGCUGGCGUUGAUGGAGUCAUUGUGCGGUACGGCGUGCAAACAUAUACCUCUUGGGGAGGUCUUUGAUGAUUUGGGAACGGUUGAGUGUACACGGGUAGACGCGCUGUCCAAUGUGUUAUUUCAGUAUUAUUAUCCUCUCUUACCACUUGCUCCUGGGUAGAUACUUGUGACGGUUGGGGUAUGUCGGGUAUGGGCUAUGGGCACAGCCUUGGCUGUCUGAUAUAUGAUCUCUCUGGCCUGGUUAUGGUCAUGAUCAACUACAGCAGCUAGUGGCAGAAGAGAUGAGUUAUGGCAGAGGAAUGUCAGUUGGCAACUUGGACAUUUCAGUUUUCAAGUUGAUGAAUAGAACAAGGACGAGGUCUUGCAGUUCGUAGAUCCUGCGGUUCAUAGAGCACAUUUACAACUUCCACCAUAGACACCAUGAUCAUGAUGCCUAAG